AUGGCCCUGUAUCUGCCCAUCCGGGGCCUUUGCCAUCCUGGCCCCUCCACGCCUUAUAUAAUCUUCCCAUCCCCGUGGGGCUCAUUCCUUCCUUCCUCCCUCCGCUGUGCCUCCGCCAUCGCCAUGUGCACGGGGGCCUGCUCCAAGGUGGUGGGGGCGGCGCUGUGGCCCUUCAUCCUGGUCUCCAUCGUGUCCAACAUCCUGCUGGCCUUCCCGGGAUGGAAGGCCGACUACGUCCAUGAGUUCGGCAAGCGCUUGACCCCCGAGGUCCUCUACCUGGGCGGCCUGGUCGGAGGGGGACUCGUGGUCCUGAUUCCGGCCGUCCACUUCCAGGCCGCUGGUGGACGGGGAUGCUGCGGGAACCGCUGUGGGAUGUUCCUGUCGGUGAUCCUGGCGGCGGUGGGGGUGCUGGGGGCCUCCUACUCGGUGGUGGUCUCCCUGCUGGGCCUGGUGCACGGACCCCUCUGCCAGUACAUGGUCAACGGGACACACCUGGACUGGGGGCGCCCCUUUGAGAACACCGGGGAGGGGGUCAGCGAGGAGAGCUACCUGCUGGACCGGUCCCAGUGGGGGCGGUGCCUGCUGCCGGAGGGCGUGGUGGAGUUCAACGUGGUGCUCUUCGCGCUGCUCCUGGGCGCCGCCCUGGCCGAGCUCGGCCUCUGCCUCGUCCAGGUCUUCAACGGGCUCUUCGGAUGCUGCUGCGGGACCUGCCGGGACGACGAGGAGGAGCCCGCCCAGAAAACCUACCACUGAGGAGACCCCGAAGACCCCUCCUCGCCCUCGCCCGGCUGCCCUCCGAAGACCCCUCCCCAGAGCAAGUGGGGACCCCUCCCCUUUAAUAAAGGUCCUUCCCUGCCCUCCCCCCC